AUGGCAUCUAAUUAUUUAUCAAGCUUAGAAGGAAUCUAUAAAGAUUAUCGCCAACCAGCACUGAUCAUUGCGGGAUUCUUUGUGGUUAUAGCUUUAACACUCUCCAUUUUUCUUAUUCUGCAACAUCUCAGAUCGUAUACCAACCCUGCGGAACAGAAGUGGCUUGUUGCUGUCAUUUUUAUUGUUCCAGUCUAUGCUACAGAGUCCAUUAUAUCUCUGUGGAAUCCAAGAUUAUCACUUGCAUGUGACAUUCUGAGAAGCUGCUAUGAAGCAUUUGCUCUGUACUCUUUUGGCAGAUAUCUUAUUGCUUGCCUCGGGGGUGAAAGAAGUGUCGUAGAACUACUUGAAAAUGAAUCGGGAGAAGAACUUGGAAAAUCAUUGUUAGAAGGAUCAGAUGAAAACUCCAAUGUACGACAAAGAUCAUUCUACAACUUUUUUUGGCAUCCUUCUGCUAUUGGAAAAGAUCUUCUCUCUAUAGAAAAAUUUGGUCUUGUCCAAUAUAUGAUCCUGAAGACUCUCUUUGCAUUCUUAGCAUUUUUGUUGGAACUCUUUGGAGUUUAUGGUGAUGGAGAGUUCAAGUGGCACUAUGGGUACCCAUAUAUGGCAGUUGUAUUGAACUUCAGCCAGAUGUGGGCGUUAUAUUGCCUUGUGCAAUUCUAUAAUGUCACCCAUGAACGGCUUGAACCAAUAAAGCCACUUGCGAAAUUCAUUAGCUUUAAGGCCAUUGUGUUUGCAACUUGGUGGCAAGGCGUAGGCAUUGCGCUAUUGUGUGCAUUUGGAGUACUCCCGAAGGAGAGGAAAGGACAAAAUGGACUGCAGGAUUUCUUAAUUUGUAUAGAGAUGGCGAUUGCAGCUGUUGCACAUAUGUGUGUAUUUUCCGCAAAACCAUAUCAUUUUCUCCCUGCUUCUGCUAUGAAAGUUACCAAAGAAACAAUAAAAGGGUCGCUGAAAUUAAAUGAAAACGAGGAAAAACCAGCUGUGCUUGAAGAGACAGAAGCUCAAGUUCAGGCUCCAGGAACAAGCAUCAAAGAGAGUGUCCAGGAUAUUGUCGUUGAAGGUGGCCAACGGGUUGUCAAGGAUGUGGUGUUGACAAUUAGUCAAGCCAUAGGACCUAUGGAACAGGGGGUGAGAAUUCAGCAAACCUUCCACCGCAAAUCAGAGGCUUCAGAGGAUGAAGAAUCGAUUGUAGAAGUUGGGAAAGAGGUGACGGAAAAUUUUACGGGCGAUGAGAAUGAAAUUGAUGUUUAA